CGCCAAAUUUGACUGCCUGCCUGUCCGCGUCACUGAAUAAGGAAGUAAACAGUAACUUCAUUCUAGAUUGAUGAAACGUUAAAGGAUGAGCAGUCAGACUGCUGCUGGAGGCCCGUGGAGAGGAGGAGGAGAAAGAGGAAGAGGGUGGAGAGGAGGAAGAGGAGAUGGCUCAGGUGCUGGAUCAAGAGGAGGAGGGUGGAGAGGAGGAGGAAGAGGAGAUGGCUCAGGUGCUGGAGGGGGAUGGAGAGGUAGAGGAUAUAAUGCUGGUCAGUAUAAUAGAGGAUGGAGAGGUCGGUCAUGGAACAGAGGAGGAAGAGGAAACUAUGACAGCAAUAAUACACAACACAGGUCAGGAAUAACUCCACAUGUCAGUCAAGCACGGAUCACACAAUCGACUCUUGAUAUCACAUGUCCAUAUAAAGGCUGGAGACUUUAUUUCUCUGAAGGUUUUGUUCAAAGUUCACCUUAUGUUGAGAAGAUAAAGGUGUUUGAACAGUACUUCACAUCACAAAUUGAUCUUUAUGAUAAGGAUGAAAUCGAAAGGAAAGGCAGCAUUUUGGUGGACUGUAAAGACCUUCUCUCAAACAAGCAGAUAUCACAAACUUUGCCUGAUCUCGCCAAAGAUCUUAAAGAAAUGCCAGAGAAGAUCCUGGACUGUUUGGGUUUAGCAAUUCAUCAGGUUUUGACCGUUGAUCUUGAGAGACACGCAGCUGAGCUCCAAGGUCAGGAGGAGCUGCCCGCGGGUCUAAGACCCAUAAUCAACAUCCCUCAUAUCAGCGCCAGGCUAUAUAAUGUUGAGCCACUGACUCCUUUAAAAAGUCUCAGAGCAAAUUUAUACGGCAAGUUUGUUGCGAUCAGAGGUACCGUGGUACGAGUGAGUAACAUCAAACCGCUGUGUAUUAAGUUGGCCUUCACCUGUAACACCUGUGGAGACACACAAAACGUUACACUGCCUGAUGGGAAAUACUCUGCACCUAUUAAAUGUUUACAAGCCGAAUGUCGUGGCCGAACGUUCACACCAAACAGAAGUUCGCCUUUGACCCUCACUGUCGACUGGCAGACAAUCAAAGUUCAGGAGUUGAUAUCAGAUGACCAGCGUGAGUCCGGUCGAAUCCCGCGGACCGUCGAAUGCGAACUCACACAGGAUUUAGUGGACAGCUGUGUGCCUGGAGACAUGGUCACCAUCACGGGCGUUAUUAAAGUGUCUAGUGAUGACGGAAGUGGAAGAAAUAAAAAGGAUAAGUGUAUGUUCCUGCUGUACAUUCAGGCAAAUUCUGUGAGUAACUCGAAGGGUCAGAAAAGCAAAGCGUCCUCUGAAAGCGAAGGUCAGGGACCGUCAGUGGAGUUCUCCAUCAAAGAUCUCUACGCCAUCCAGGAGAUCCAAGCUCAAGAGGAUCUCUUCAAACUCAUUGUAAACUCACUUUGUCCUGCUAUUUACGGCCAUGUGCUUGUUAAAGCAGGAUUAGGUCUGGCUUUGUUUGGAGGAUGUCAGAAAUAUGUUGACGAUAAGAAUCGUAUCCCAAUAAGAGGAGACCCUCAUAUACUUAUCGUUGGGGACCCUGGACUCGGCAAAAGUCAGAUGUUGCAGGCUGUGUGUAACGUGGCCCCGCGAGGUGUGUAUGUUUGUGGAAACACAACCACCACAUCAGGUCUGACUGUAUCUCUGUCACGGGACAGCGGCUCUGGAGAUUACGCUCUGGAGGCCGGAGCUCUGGUGUUAGGAGAUCAAGGUAUCUGUUGUAUCGAUGAGUUUGAUAAGAUGGGCAGUCAGCAUCAGGCUCUGUUGGAGGCUAUGGAGCAGCAGAGCAUCAGUUUGGCUAAAGCUGGGAUUGUUUGCACUCUUCCUGCUCGAACCUCCAUCCUUGCAGCGGCCAAUCCUGUGGGAGGGCAUUAUAAUAAAGCCAAAACUGUGUCUGAGAACCUGAAAAUGGGAAGUCCAUUGCUGUCCAGGUUUGAUCUGGUCUUCAUCUUGUUGGACACUCCUAAUGAAGAUCACGAUCAUCUGCUGUCCGAACACGUGAUGGCCAUGCGUGCAGGAAAGACGGGAGCGGUUAGCAGCGCUGCGGUCACACGCUGCAACACGCAAGAGUCCAGCAUCUCCAUCCUGGAGGUGUCUGUGGAGAAACCUCUCGCUGACAGACUCAAAUUGCAUCCUGGAGAGAAUUUUGAUCCCAUUCCACAUCAGCUCCUGAGGAAGUUUGUUGGUUACGCCCGACAUUACGUUCACCCCACGCUCUCCACAGAAGCUGCAAAGGUCCUGCAGGACUUUUAUCUGGAGCUGCGCAAACAGAACCAGACAGCCGACAGCACGCCCAUCACAACCCGCCAACUAGAGUCUCUCAUCCGUCUGACAGAGGCCAGAGCUCGUCUUGAGCUGAGAGAGAAAGCUACACAAAGUGAUGCAGAGGAUGUUGUUGAGAUCAUGAAACACAGCCUAAUCGACACAUAUUCUGAUGAAUUUGGCCGUUUGGAUUUUGACCGUUCUCAGCUUGGGUCUGGAAUGAGUAACCGCUCCAAAGUCAAGAAAUUCAUCACAGCGUUAAACAAGCUUGCUGAACGCACACACAAAACCAUGUUUGAGGUCCAGGAGCUUCGACAGCUCGCCAAAGAUCUACAAAUACAGGUUGUGGAUUUUGAAGGAUUUAUCAGUGCUCUUAAUGAGCAGGGUUACCUUCUGAAGAAAGGUCACAGGACCUAUCAGCUUCAGACUAUAUGAUUUACACAAAUACAGUGUUAUACUCUGUUUACUGUUUUGUGUUUUACAUAAAAAAUAUACAUAUUUAUAGCCUUGUUUAAUUUGUAUGUUAAUGUGAAUGUUUCAAUA